AUGACUAUAGGAAAAACAACAAUGGGUGAGCAGCCUAUAUUCACGUGCAAAGCGCACGUUUUUCAUAUAGACCCCAAAACUAAGAGAUCUUGGAUGUCUGCUUCUAGUACUGCAGUGUCGGUUUCAUUUUUUUAUGAUUCAUCAAGAUCUUUAUAUCGUAUAAUAAGUGUGGAAGGAACAAAGGCAGUUAUCAACUCCACAAUAACUCCCAACAUGACAUUUACUAAAACAUCACAAAAAUUUGGACAAUGGUCAGAUGUAAGAGCCAAUACUGUUUAUGGCUUGGGAUUUGCUUCAGAAGCAGAGCUUGGCAAGUUCAUUGAGAAGUUUCAAGAAGUAAAAGAAGCGACCAGGCAAGUAAUGGUAAAGGUAUCCACAAAUGGUAGCUCAGCUGUAACACCCGUUACAAGUGCUAAUGCUAGCCCUGUAAGUGCAAGAGCGGCAUUGGGCAGUUCCACAGAACAACAAGGUGAUAAUGUGAUUGAUCCACCCCCGAAUAGUAGCAUGAUGUCUCCUGCUCCUCCAGCUGCAAAAGAGGAUAAACACCAUGUUUCUGAAGAUAAUACAUUAUCACAUCAAAGGAGCCAUUCUGUAUCUGGAGCUCAGCAGAAUGAUAGUCCAAAUCAUAAAUCCAAUGACAAACAAGGACACCAAACUGAAUCUCAAUUAAAAUAUGAGAAUGAUAGAUUGAAAUUGGCACUAGCGCAAAGUUCUGCAAAUGCUAAAAAGUGGGAAAUAGAAUUAGCAACAUUGAAAAAUAAUAAUGUGCGGCUUACAUCAGCGUUGCAAGAAUCAACAGCUAAUGUGGAUGAAUGGAAAAGGCAGCUACAACUGUAUAAAGAAGAAAAUCAUAGAAUUAAAAUGAAAUAUCAACAAGACCUUGAAAAUUCUAAAGGUGGUGGUGAUUUAGCUGAUGAAUUGCGUAGAGAAAUCACAUCACUACGACAUCGUGUGGAAACAUUGGAAAGUGAACUGCAGGCAAAAAAUGAAGAAAUAAAGCAAUUGCAAUCAACUCCAAAAGUUUCUGAACAACAGCUUGAAAUGCAAAAACAAAUAAGUGAACUGCAAGAGUCAUGCAAAAUGUCCCAGUUUCAAAUGGAAAUGGCAUUAGCCGCGCAUGACUCACAAAGGGAGGUGUUAUUCACUUUGAACAAUCAGCUCGCACAGAGGCUUCACGAACUUGCUAUCAUACAUCGAGAAGUGUCAACUGCUUUGGAAACAUGA